GUUCCCUUGGAGACGUGGAGGCUGCAGAGGAGGCUCAGGCCAUGGAUGGCACCCGCCUCCCAGAGCCAGAGGCCGGAGUGCCGGAGCCGGAGCCCGAGCCCCCGACCCCUUCCAGUCCAGAUGCUAACCCCCCAUCCCGACCAUCACCACCACCGCCCCCCACGCCCCCAGGAGGCCCCCAGGAGAUGGAGGGGCAGGAGCCAGACACGAGGCUGGAGGAGGAGUCCGGUGUCUCUUGGAGUGGGCCAGACGAGCUGGAGCUACUGCGGAAGGACGGGCAGAGCUGCGUGAGGGCUCGGCACAACCUCGCCGAGGGCCUGUCCUGGGGCCCCUUCCGUGGGAACGUGCACAGCAAGGUCUCAUCGCCCGGGCAGCUGGAACCGGGCGCUGCCCCGACGCUGCUGCUGGAGGACGAGCACUGCUGGCUGCGGUCGCUGCCCCAGGCCCUGACCCAGGCCGAAGCCAACACGGAGAUCUACAGGAAGGAUGAGGCCCUCUGGUGCAGACUCACCAAGCCAGUGCCUGCCGGCGGACAGCUGAGCGUGCUGCUCAUGGCGGCUGAGCCCGGGCCCCCCCCCAGCCACGCUGUGAAGACGCCAGCAGAGCCCGGGGGCCCGGCCCCCGCCGACAUCCAGCUCCUGCCGCAGCAGGCCGGCAUGGCGUCCAUCCUGGCCACAGCAGUCAUCAACAAAGACGUCUUCCCCUGCAAAGACUGUGGCAUCUGGUACCGCAGCGAGAGGAACCUCCAAGCCCACCUGCUGUACUACUGUGCCAGCCGCCAGAGCACCGGUGCUGUGGCCGCAGCCACCGACGACAAGCCCAAGGAGACCUACCCCAACGAGCGAGUCUGCCCCUUUCCCCAGUGCCGCAAGAGCUGUCCCAGCGCCAGCUCCCUGGAGAUCCACAUGCGCAGCCACAGCGGAGAACGGCCCUUCAUCUGUCUGAUCUGCCUGUCGGCCUUUACCACCAAGGCCAACUGUGAGAGGCACCUGAAGGUGCACACAGACACGCUAAGCGGUGUCUGCCACAGCUGUGGCUUCAUCUCCACCACAAGGGACAUCCUCUACAGCCACCUGGUGACCAACCACAUGGUCUGCCAGCCGGGGUCCAAGGCUGAGAUCUACUCGCCAGGGGCCGGGCACCCCGCUGCCAAGCUCCCCCCAGACAGUCUGGCCAGCUUCCAGCAGCCCACGGCCCUGCACGGCCCCCUGGCUUCUACCGACGUCGGUCUGGCGCCCACCCCAUCGCCAGGACUGGACAGGAAGGCCCCGGUGGAGACCACCAAUGGAGAGGCCAGAGCCACCCCUCAGAACGGGGGCAGCAGCGAGCCCCCGGCAGCGCCCCGGGCCAUCAAGACCGAGGCUGCCACGGAAGAGCCCGAGGCGGAGCCAGGGCCUCCAGCAGCAUCGCGGACACCGUCCCCGCCCAGCCCCGCCGCGGCCAGGGUGAAGGCCGAGCUGUCCAGCCCCACGCCGGACUGCAGCCCCGGCCCGGGCGAGCUGGGGCUGGCGGCCGGCGCGCUCUUCCUGCCGCAGUUCGCCGCGGCGCCGCCGGCCUCCGAGAUCCUGGCCAAGAUGUCCGAGCUGGUGCACAGCCGGCUGCAGGCGGGCGCGGGGGCGCCGGCCGGGCUCUUCGCGGGGGCCCCCAAGGGCGCCACGUGCUUCGAGUGCGACAUCACCUUCAACAACGUCAACAACUUCUACGUGCACAAGCGCCUCUACUGCUCCGGCCGCCGCGCGCCCGACGAAGGGGCCCCCGCGCGCAGGCCCAAGGCGCCCCCGGCCCCCGCCCGCGCGCCUCCCGGCCCCCCGCCCGCAGACGCCGACGCGGGACGUGCGUCGCCUCGCACCGGGACGCGCGAGGACGAGGCGGGCGGCGCGGCCACCCCCGAGGCGGAGCCCGAGGCGGAGGCGGGCAGCCGGGGCAGCCCGAGCCCGGGCAGCGGGGCGGACGAAGACGACGACCCCCGCCGGACGCUGUGCGAGGCCUGCAACAUCCACUUCAGCCGGCACGAGACCUACACGGUGCACAAGCGCUACUACUGCGCCUCGCGCCACGACCCGCCGCCGCGCCGGCCCGCGCCCACCGGCACCCCGGGGACCCCCGCGCCCGCCGCGCCCCCCGUGCGCACGCGCAGGCGCCGCAAGCUGUAUGAGCUGCACGCGGCCGGCGCGGCCCCGCCCCCCGCCGCCGGCCCCGCCCCCUUGCCGCCCGGCCCCGCCCCCGAGCCGCCCGCCGCAGCGUCGUCGUCGUCGUCGUCGUCGUCGUCAUCGCCGCCGCCGCCGCCCCGGCCGGGAAGCGGCAGCGGCAGCCGCGGGCCCGACGCCGCCGACGGCCCGAUCGACCUGAGCAAGAAGCCGCGGCGGCAGGCGGCCCUGCCCGCGGCGCUGCCCGCGCUGGCCGACUACCACGAGUGCACGGCCUGCCGCGUCAGCUUCCACAGCCUCGACGCCUACCUGGCGCACAAGAAGUUCUCGUGCCCCGCGGCCCCGCGCCGCCUGCGCGCCGCCCCCGAGGACGCGGCCGUCGUGUGCCCGUACUGCCCGCCCGACGGGCCGGUGCGCGGCGACCUCGUGGAGCACCUCCGCCUGGCGCACGGCCUGCUGCUGGCCCAGCCCCCCGCCGGCGCCCGGACGCCCUCGCCCGCCGCCCCCCGCGACGGCCUCAACGGCCGGGAACCCCGGGAGCCGGGCCCCGGCGCGCCCGACGGCAGCCCCCGGCCCGGCCCGCCGCCGCCGCCCUCCCCGGGCCCCGACGCGGGGCCGCCGCGCCCGCCGACGCCGCCGCCGCCCCGCGCGGACAAGGGCGUGCAGACCCCGGGCAAGGCGGCGCCGGGCGGCCAGCGGUACUGCCGCCUGUGCAACAUCCGCUUCAGCAGCCUGUCCACCUUCAUCGCGCACAAGAAGUACUACUGCGCCUCGCACGCGGCCGAGCACGGGCCCUGAGCCGCCGCCACACUACAGCCGGCACCGCGGGGCUCGGCGCGCCCCGGCCGCGGCGCUUAAUAAAGAGGUUCAGCCUGAGAGCGCAGCGGUGCGCGGCCUGGUUCUCUGCGCGCGGGCCCGGGGGCGGGGGACGCACGGGUCACCGCCGGCGUCGCGUGCUCAGUAGCCCCAGAGCGGAGCCCAACCCCAGUCCCGGGACGGCACAGCACAUCCCGGUGGUCGCGGCCCUGCAGGCCGCUCUGGACCGGCCUGGGGCACUGGGGACCACGCCCUGACCUUCCCCGCCCUCGGCUGCCCUCGAGGGCGCUACCGGAAGCUCGCGGAGGGCCACCAGAUAGCGAAGGGAAGGACUUCGGACUGACUAGCCAGCAGGGGAGGAGGAAGCCCUGUGCUUGCCAAGGCUUGUGGGGAGGGAAGGGACACAGGCAUCCCGCAGGCACCAGGGGACUCAGUGGGCAGGGAAGGGGGCACCGGGUCCCACAGCGUGCCCUGGGGCCAGCAGGAGCCAAAUCCUGAGCUGGGCAUAGCAUGGCACCUGGACGGGCUCCGGGGCGAUCUCCCACCCUAGUCUGUCCCGCUGUCCACCACAGGACCUGGGUGGCCACACCCCAGCAGAGUCCAGCCACGUUCUCACCCUGCAGCCAGCUGCCUCUGCUAGAAAGCACCCAUCCGUCUUCCCAGCUCCGCCUGAAGAAGCAGAGCGUGCCCCCCCCCCCCCACACACACACCCCUACAGCCCAGGGUCAACUUCCCGCCAGCCGCUCAGGCUCACUGUCCCUGCUCAAGGCACGUCUUUCUCCCACCCAGCCCUUGUGCGGUCAUGGGCCCAUGUUUGGACGAGAUCAGCCACAGGCCCCUGCCUAUCUGACACGCCCCUCCUGUGGGUCCACAGGACCCCAGCCUGGCCAGACACCAGAGCCCGUUCUGGGGAAGUCCGCCGUGGGAGGGUCCCAGGGGAGCCGAGGUGCCCUGGCCUCUGCCACCUGAGGCCGGGGCGGAGGAAGCCCUCUGACGCUGACGCUCAGCCUUACCCCUUUGCCUUGUCCUGCAUGAGCCUGCAUGGAGAUUUCAGGAGGCCUCAGACCCCCGGAUGAGAGCAGACGUCACCGAUGUCCACGCAUACUGUCAGUAGAAACCUAAUGCAAGUGAGCUUUACUGAACACAAACUACAAUAAAAUAUCUGAAGGGAUGCUGGGA